CUCGCCAGCCCACUGCCUGUUUCAUGCCCCCAAGAGCCCGAGGGUGGCGUCUGGAUGUGCCCCCGGAAGAUAUAACGCCGCAGUGACCACGCAUCCCACGUCCAGACCAGAUGAUAGAUGCUUUUGUCGCGAGUCGAGACAUUCACUCACCUUGCUUCUGACUCGGCCUCCUGAUCCGCCUCGCCUCACAUCCCCCAUCCAUCCACGCCCCCGUGCCAGACGCUCUUCUUAUAUGUGCUGUAGCCGCCGCAUCAUUCCCCAGACAUUCUGACUCUCCCAUUCUCCGGUUCCCAUCCACCGAAGCCAUUCCACCUCUACACACACACUGCAGACUGCCUAACCCGCCGUCCGCCUCAUCCACCCGAAUAUUUAUCGUCACUCCCGCGGCCCGCCCACUUGAACGUGGAUCCUCGUCACUAGUACCACACUUCAGUCGACUACUCACUCACCCCCGGAACCGGAUCCGAUCCGUCAUCUCGUCAUAUUCCCACUUCUCGGCCGCUCUUCGCAUCGGCAAACCUACUAGCUGCGCUAACAGCCCUGACGUACGGCCACGCGAAAUUCGACGCUUGCAUUAUCGGCCAAAGCUCAUCUUCAUCCCCACUAGUGUUGGGCUCUCGCAAACAAAUAAACACUCAGGCGCCCUCUAUAUAACCAAACCCGGCUCCACAUUUUCACUCCCAUCAUCCAAAGAUGCAUUUCGAAUCCUCACCAUCAUCCUCGCCUUCCAAAUCGAUUCCAAUCUCCAUCGGCAACAUGUCUUCACCCACUGGAUCCCUCUACAGCAACUACUCCUCCAGCUCUUCCUCUUCAUCGUCCAACAACGGCUCUACCUGUGCCUAUCCCUCCUGGCCUACUGGUAGCUCGCUCGGGUACCGCAGCCCACCCAGUUCCUUCAUCAGCGACGCCGACCUCUUUGGUGACGACUUGGAUGACCUUCUCGAAGCACCAGCUCCUCCACGACAGCCGACCAUGUCUCAGGCACUUCCUUUCUUGCCACCAAUGUACGCCACUGCGAAGCCCAAGAAGUCCCAGCAGCCUCAGCAGCAACGAAGGCGCAGCAGUGGCCGCAAGCAACGCCGCUCCUCCAAGCCCAUGACUCCCAUUUCCGAGUCACCCGAGGCGCACCGCGAAUAG